AUGGUCCUCCUGAUCAUCACACCCGCGAUCUUGUCCGCCCUCGAGUCGAUCCCCCAGUCCAUCCGCGACGACCUCUCCCUACCGGCUCCAGCAUUGAACGAAGCCAUCUCCCACUCGCAGCUAAUUACCCUCUCACGCAAACUCUCUUCUACAGAUUCAAAAGGACUAGAUUCAACAACUAGGCAUGAACCCUCGCGUGCCUAUUCUCUCAAUUGCCUCCUCCGCGGCGCGAAGCUGUACAUACCUCCUCCACCGCCCAAACCUGCACCGACCCCCGAAUAUCUCGCCCUGAAGGCCCGUCUUGAAGCCGAAGCCCAGGCCAAAGAAUAUCAUGCCUACCUACAUCGCCCAUCGGCGUCCCAGUUAAAUCGCCAACCAUCACCGAUCUUUUCGCAUUCCUCACCCACAGAUGAACACCCGGCCAACACCGACGAUGACGCGCUCACUCCUUCCCUAGUCCUCAACAUCCUCGUAUCGAUUCUCUUCACUGGAUUCGCGACAUACUGGGCGCUAACGAACUUUCGCACUCCACAAUUUCUCUCCACCAUCUUCUCAUUCUCGAGUUCUAACAGUGCAUAUGCGCACAACUACCCCGGAUCUGUUUAUUCCCAGCCCAGCAGAGUGUUUAUAUCCCUCCUGGCAGCGGUGGUUGUUGGGAUAGCGGAAGUGGGCGUUUACGCGGCAUACUUGAGAAAGGUUGAUAUGGCAAAGAAGAAGGAAAAGAGAAUAGUGGAGAAGAAGACCGUUAUCGGGGAAGUUGGUGUAGGCUCGCGAAAGAAGGAUGUAGAUGCUGGGCCAUUACAAGAUGAAGACCGCGAGAAGGAAGAAAUUUGGGGAAAGGGAGUCAAUGGAGGCGUGAGGAGGAGGGUUAGGGAAAGAUGGAAGGAGAAGCAGGAUCUGGAAGAGAAAUGAACGAAUAUCUACUGAUUCUAGGUGCUAUGGCUCUUGGGCAUAGAUCUGAGCACAGAUGUCCCGUUGGUCAAGGCAUUUGGUCUCAUUUGCCGAUGCCGUUACAGAUGAUACUAUUGAUUUAAGCGUUAGAUUUGCAUGUAUAUUAUACCCAAUUUCUUUAUUUGUGUGCUCUUUGGGGGUUAUUUCGAGAAGGCUCAUCUUGAAAAGUGCAUUGCUCAUUUGAUGCUUGCAUUGAUAGUGUAUGUAUAUUUCAAGUUGAACAAAUG